GAAGCAUCGAAGGAAGAACAUCAGUGUUUACUCCGCUCUCUUCUCUUCUACGUCGAUAGACACCACCUCCUCCACGAGACUCGCCCAACAACGAUGCUCAACGUCGUAUGCGCAGGUCUGGGCCGGAUUGGGGCCCAGCAUGCCUUCAACAUCGCCCAUCGCACCCCAAAUGCCAAGCUGCUUGCCGUGUUCGAUCCGGACGAGUCGAAACAGAAGUGGGCGCAAGACAAUCUACCAAAAGAUGUCGUCUUUACAACGUCCUACACGGAGCUGUUGGCCAUCAAGGGCGCUCAGCUCGUCUGGAUCGCCACGCCAACGCCUUUCCAUGCCGAGCAGAUGAUCGCCGCCAUGGACUGCGACCUCAACGUCUUUUGCGAAAAGCCGAUUUCCCUCGACAUCGACAAGGCACAGGCCGUCGUAGACCAUUGGCGGACCCAAAAGCCUCACCUCUAUGUCACCAUCGGCUUCAUCAGAAGGUUCGACAGCAGAUACCAGCUCGCCGCCGAGCAGCUGAAGAAGGGAGCCAUCGGACGGCCAUUGGUCCUGCAAACGCAGUCGUGUGACCCACGAGACCACACUGGACACUUUGUUAAUCAGUACGCCCCCGUCAGCGGCGGGAUUUUUGUCGAUUGUGCCAUUCACGACAUCGACUUGACCCUCUGGCUCUUUGGCGACCAUGCACAGAGAGUUAAAAAGGUCUUUGCGACAGGCUCGUCGACAGUGUUGCCAAAGCUGAAAGAGUAUGGCGAUUGCGACAAUGUCAUUGGCGUGGUCGAAUUCGAGUCCGGUGCACUUGCCCAGUACUACUGCUCUCGAACCUCUUCCUCUGGCCAGCUCUUGAGCACGCAGCUGAUCGGUGACAAGGGUCGACUUACUCUUCGACCCGAAGCUCCCACUGCUCAGCUUUCGCUUUCGGAUUCCGUGUCGAUCGCACGCGAGGCCAGUGAAGAGAGGCCCAACUACUAUGACCUCAAUGGCACGGCCAUGCUGUCCGAGCCAGAGACCAUCGUCAGGGAGAUUCUGAAUGGCUCGAAGCCGGCUUUUGGCUUGGAAGACAGCGUCAGGGGUCUGCGAAUCGGGCUGGCUUUGCAACAGAGCCUCCGGGAGGGACGCCAUAUCGAGCUGUGA